AUGUCCGACACAUCUGCCGACACACCUGCCACGCCGCAGGCGAUCAUCAUCGGCCAUGGCCUCGCCGGCCUCGUCGCCGCCUACGAGCUGACGCUGCGCGGCGUCAACGUCGUCAUUGUCGACCAGGAGACCCGAGCCAACCUCGGCGGCCAAGCGUUCUUCUCGCUGGGCGGCCUCUUCUGCGUCGACUCCAAGGCCCAGCGUUCGCGCGGCAUCAAGGACUCGCGCGCCCUGGCGUUGCGCGACUGGCUCGGGACCGCCAAGUUCGACCGGCUCGAUACGGAGGAUCGCUGGCCGCGCCAGUGGGCCGAGGCCUUUGUCGACUUCGCCACGGACGAGUUUGAGCAGUACGUCACCCGUCUGGGCCUGUCCUUUAUCCAGGUCGGCUGGGCCGAGCGCGGAGACGGCGCCGCCGACGGCCAUGGCAACUCGGUGCCGCGUUUCCACCUGACCUGGGGCACGGGUCCCGAGGUCGUGCGCGUCUUCAAGGAGCCGGUGCUGGCGGCCGAGAAGCGGGGGCUCGUGACGUUUUUGCAUCGGCGCAGGGUCGACCGUUUGCUCACAGAAAACGACGACCCCAAGGGCCGCGUGGUGGGCAUUGCCGGCAGCGUGCUCAAGGACGAUGACACCGUGCCCCGUGGCAGGCCAACAUCGCGCGACGUUGUCGACGCUUUUGAGCUGCGCGGUGCGUGCGUGCUGGUGGCGUCGGGCGGCAUUGGUGGCAAUGUCGAGGCCAUCAAGAAGGCGUGGCCGGUGGAUCGGCUGGGCCCCAACGUGCCCAAGUCGUUUGUGGUGGGCGUGCCGGCACACGUCGACGGGCGUAUGAUGGGCAUUGCUGAGUCGGCGGGCGCCCACGUGGUCAACCGGGACCGCAUGUGGCACUACACCGAGGGCCUGGAGAACUGGGACCCCAUCUGGCCGAACCACGGCAUUCGAGUGCUGCCGGCGCCGUCGUCGUUGUGGCUGGACGCCACGGGCAAGCGGCUGCCUGCGUUCUUGUUCCCUGGUUCCGACACGCUGGCGACGCUCAAGCACAUUUGCGCCACGGGCUAUGACUACAGCUGGUUCAUCCUGGACAGGGCUAUUGUUGCGCACGAGUUUGCACUCUCCGGUUCGGAGCAAAAUCCGGACAUCACAAACAAGAGCUACUGGCAGGCCCUGCUGCAGCGUGUGCUCACGACAAAGGGCACGGUUGCCGUGCAGAAUUUUUGCGAGUACGGCGUCGACUUCAUCGUGCGCGAAACGCUGCCCGAGCUUGUCGAUGGCAUGAACGAGAUGGCAGCGAAAGUGGACGGACCCAAGCUCGACCUGGCAGCGAUUCAAGAGACGGUCGAGGCGCGCGACGCGCAGAUGGACAACCCAUACAGCAAGGACGCGCAGGCGAUGCUGGUCCACAACGCACGCCAAUUCUGGUAUGACAAGAUCAGCCGCGUGGCGGUGCCGCAUCGUAUCCAGGACCCCAAGUACGGGCCGUUGAUUGCUGUGCGCAUGCAUCUGCUGACCCGCAAGACGCUGGGCGGCAUCGAGACGGACCUGAGCUCGCGCGUGCAGCGCGCGGACGGCAGCACGUUCCCGGGACUGUACGCGGCCGGGGAAGCAGCGGGCUUUGGCGGCGGCGGUGUGCACGGCUAUGCUGCGCUCGAGGGCACGUUCUUGGGCGGCUGCAUCUUCUCGGGACGCGCGGCCGGACGGGCGAUGGCUGACGAGAUCUUGGGCACGAAGCCGCCAAACGCUUCACGCCUUUAA